AUGGCCAACUUCUCCUUAUGGGCAACUUUUGGAUUAUGUUUGCUGAAGCUCUGUCUAACAGAAACACAAUUCAAUGUAAGUUGCAGAUACGGAGGAGUUUUUCAUGUUGAGAAAAAUGGUCGCUACAGUCUCACGCGAUCUGAAGCCGUCGAACUCUGCAGAGCUCUCAAUAGUACCUUGUCAACAUUAGAGCAGUUGAAGAAGGCUCAUGAACUUGGAUUUGAAACUUGCAGGUAUGGUUUUGUAGUGGGGAAUAUUGUUAUCCCACGAAUCAAUCCCUAUCAUCUUUGUGCAGCAAAUCAUACUGGCAUUUACAAACUUUCAGCGAACACAACUGGUCGAUAUGAUGCAUACUGUUACAAUAUGACUGAAACAAGGGACAAAGCAUGUGAGCCAAUUGAAAGACUAGAUACUUCUUUCCUCAAUAAUCAGGGUGAAAUAGUCAUUGACAAUGCAGAUGGCUCACGUUACAAUGCAGAUGGUACACGUCAUAGCGGAGAGUCUUCAACCUCAGGUGCAGAUGAUGAAAACGUAGGUAGUGGAUCAACACAUGACACAACUCCCAUGGAUACCUCCAUCAGGAGAUCCAGCCCCUCAUAUUAUGGAAGUGCUACUCCAGCAUCACAGCUGCCAGAUCAUUCUUCUGGAGGAGGUGAAAAAGAAAUUCCUAGAAAACAUUCUGAUGAUGAAGUUUCUCCUGUAUCACCUGACAUCUCUUUGGUGACGGCAGCUGAUGAUUCCCCUGAAAAAGAUGGUGGACAGUAUCCUGCGAGUACUAGAUCUACCUCCAGUAUAUAUGGUAAUCAAGGACCACACAAGGGAGAUUAUGAGUCCACUACUUUCCCUGGAGAGACCACAACAACAAAAAUAGUUUCACAACCAACACUGGCCCAGGUACCAGAAUGGCUGAUCAUAGUUGCUGCUCUUGUGGCACUUGCAUUGAUUCUUGCAGUGUGCAUUGCUGUUAACAGUCGGAGAAGAUGUGGGCAGAAGAAAAAGCUAGUGAUUAACAAUGGCAAAGGGGCAAUGGAGGACAGAAAGACAAGUGGAUUAAAUGGAGAUGCCAGCAAAUCACAAGAAAUGGUGCACUUGGUUCAUAAAGAACAGGCAAAUGACCGAACAGGAGCAUGUGAUGAAUUACUCACCAUUAAUGAAACACAAAAUCAUCACGAGCUUGACAUCAAGACUGGAGUGUAAUGGUACCAAGUUGCCAAGUACAUCAGAGCUGGGGAACUCAAAAUCACAUGGAAUUUGGACAGGAAUUCACAGAUGCACUGUGCUACUGAUGUCUUUUGAACAUAAUUAAACAUAAGUUUUAUUCAUUUUUAAUCACUUUAAAAUGAUGUCUGAGUUACAAAAUUGAC